AUGAAUAUUCCAUCUUGGUAUAUUCUUCUCGAUAUUAUAAGUAUGGUAUGCGUUAUUGCGGCUUUCAUAUUAGCUACAAUAUUUUUGUUUAUUAUCGUACGUGAAAAAACAUGCCAUACAGUUCCCAUGAUGCUUAUUGCUAACUCAUGUUUAGCUGAACUGAUUUUUGCAAGUAAUUUAACUGGAAUGGCCGCAUUUGCACUUGGAAAUGAUAUUAAACAAAGUCUAGAUCAAGAUUCACUUUGUAUCUUUCGUGGUUAUAUGACUUGUGUUGCGUACAAUUUACAAAAUUAUUCUUAUUUACUACAAGCAAUGCAUCGAUAUGUAGCCGUUUUCUAUCCGACUCGUUUGUAUUAUCAAUCAGUACGAUUUCAAAUUGCAAUGAUUUUUUUAACAUGGAUUUUUGGAAUUAUAUGUCCUAUUCCAAUUGUAUUGACUGGUCAAAUCAAGUACGAUGUUGACAAUCAAAUAUGUGCAAUGCCUCUUGGUUUUUCAUUCGUUCUUAUUCUAUUUGUAUUUUAUGCUUACUUGAUACCUAUAGGAGGAAUUGUGUUUAUUUAUUUAAAAUUACUUCGAUAUGUAAAAGAGAUUCAUAAACGUGUGAUACCUGUUAAUACUUUAGCACGUGCACAAAGAGAAUUAAAAAUGGUUCAACGAGUUGUUAUACUCGUAUCAAUUCUCGUCGCACUUGGUAUUCCCUACAUAGUCUUUCUUGUAAUGUCGUUUUUCACUAGCGCACCCGAAUAUUAUUCUCGUAUUGCAUAUACAUUUGCUGAUAUCUCUGUAAUGUCUGUGAUGAUCGCUUUAUUUCAAUUUACCGAUCCAAUUAAGACAUAUAUCAUGAGAACAAUCAAUCGGCGACCAAAUACAGUCUUUGCAAUACCGACAUAA